AUGAUGAGUGCUGGGAAGCCCCUGGUGGUCAUUGAUGGGAGCCACCAUGCCGGAAUCGUGAUUGUCGUGGGGACGUUGGCCUUGAUCAUGGCGUUGAUCUGUUUGGUCAUCCGCGUGUAUGUCAGGACAUUACUGAGCCCGGGAUUUGGACGAGAUGACCAUCUGUUGUUCGUUGCUACGGCAUUUUCAAUCAUCCAGACCUCGUUAGUAAUGUCAAACUCUGCCAAGGGGUUUGGGACAUCCAUCGACCUUCUUUCUUCCGAUCAAGUCGUGAAAGUUCAACAGACAACCGCUGCCACCGAUACACUUUUCCUGAUCACCGUCUUUCUAUCCAAAUGCUGCGUGCUCGGGAUGCUCUGGCGGCUGACUCCUCAGCGCGUCCAUCAUUUGGUUCUUCACGGUAUCUUAGGACUAAACAUCUUCUGGGUGCUGUCCUCAAUUCUGAUCCUCCUGAUCAAUUGUGAAUUGAACCGGCCAUGGGCAAGGCCUGUGGAUCACUGCAGUGGCUUGUUCGAAAAAUGGGAGUACGUUGCUGUGAUGGACAACAUCAUCGAGAUGAUGCUCUUCUUGUUUUCGUUGCUUCUCGUCAAAGGUCUGCAGAUGCCGACGACCCGAAAGUUCAUCGUUCUAUCCUCCUUCGCCGUUCGGUUGCCACUCAUUGUCUUCUCGUCUCUACAUCUAUACCAUCUCAAUAAAUACGCCUACUCCUCAAACCCUACCUUUGACAUCAUCGACGGCUACGUCUGGACCCAAAUGGGCAUGAACUACUCUCUCAUCGUGUGUACGGCCUUCUGCCUCGCCCCCUUCAUGCGCGCCAUCAGCGUCACAUACGGCAACGCAGGGGAGGCCACACUGGGCACCAGCAGUGCCCAAUCGAGGUCUGCCAAAUACGCCCGGGAGCUAUCCAAACAGUCGCAGAGCUACGUCUUGCAGUCCAUGGACAAUCAUGAAGAGGCUGGCCACGGAUUGAACCCGCGACAUUCACAACCUACCUUUGCACCGGAACCAGCCGGUAUCGUCACUGCGACUGCGUACGACGGGGGGAGUAAAAUGACCGACGGGGAUAGCGUGACCAGUACGGAUAGCACGAAAAUGAUCAUCAAAAAGAACGUUGAGUAUUCUGUCACUCAUGAGCUGAGAUAA